UCUAUACUCGUUAUUGAUGAACGAUAUCACAAUACCAAGCACAAUACAUCACCGUCCAGGUACAUCCACCAACCCUUUCUUCAAACUCUAUUCCUCUCGUUAGGGUUAGGGUUUUCUUCUUCCCCAAUUUCUCAUUCAUUAUCUGCAAAAUCUCAAUGACCUACUCUUCCUUUUCCCUCACACAAUCCAAACGCUAUUCUCUUUCUCCUUUCCUCCAUUGUUGUUGUUCAUAGACAUAAUCUCAUUGCAAACUGUUUGAUGGACCUCUCUCACCAUCAAUCCAAUUUAUCUCUCACUUUUUCAUCUUCUCACGUUUCUCCACCUCGCCGUCCUCCGAUUCCUGACGAUUCCAUCUCGCUACAUCUUGAAUCCAGCUUUCGCGAUCCAUCACACCCUGUCCCUACGGUUCCUCUCCAGCUCAUGGAACCGCAGACGGAGAAAGAGAAUGGUUGCGGUGGCGUUGAUAUCGAAUCUAGCAUCGACGAAGAUGAUAGAGAAGUUGAAGAGUUUCGCAUUCUAGGUCAUUCAAUGUGUUUAAAGAGACGAAGGGAUUGCGAAUCGUCUACAAUCAUUACCAAGAGAGCUUCCGUGGAACGUGAUCUAGAGUCGCGGAAGGCCGCCGUUCGGUCGUGGGGUGAUCAACCGUUACAGGUGGCUGAUCCUGAUAUCUUUGAGAUAAUUGAAAAAGAGAAGAAUCGUCAAUUCAAAGGGAUUGAGUUGAUUGCUUCUGAGAAUUUCGUGUGUAGGGCUGUUAUGGAAGCGUUGGGAAGCCAUUUGACGAAUAAAUACUCUGAGGGAAUGCCUGGUGCUCGUUACUAUGGUGGAAAUCAAUACAUAGAUGAAAUUGAAACACUUUGUUGUGAGCGUGCAUUAACAGCUUUCAAUCUUGAUCCAAAGUGUUGGGGUGUGAACGUGCAGCCAUAUUCAUGUACUUCUGCUAAUUUUGCUGUGUUCACAGGGUUGUUGUUGCCGGGGGAUCGAAUAAUGGGGUUGGAUACUCCUUCUGGAGGGAAUACUAGUCAUGGAUACUAUACUCCUAAUGGGAAGAAGGUAUCGGGGGCUUCAAUAUUCUUUGAGAGUUUACCUUAUAAGAUUAAUCCUCAAUCAGGUUAUAUUGAUUAUGAUAAGCUUGAGGAAAGGGCACUUGAUUUUCGUCCUAAGAUACUUAUUUGUGGUGGAAGCUCUUAUCCUCGAGAAUGGGAUUAUGCUAGGUUUAGACACAUUGCGGAUAAAUGUGGAGCUGUUUUAUUGUGCGAUAUGGCCCAAAUUAGUGGGAUAAUUGCAGCCAAGGAGUGUGUGAACCCUUUUGACUAUUGUGAUGUUGUUACUUCGACAACUCAUAAGAGUCUUCGAGGUCCAAGGGGCGGUAUAAUUUUUUAUCGGAAGGGAACAAAAUCAAGGAAGAGAGGGAUACUUUUAAGUCAGGGACAUGAAACUGAUCAAUAUGACUUUGAAGAAAAGAUAAAUUUUGCCGUUUUUCCGUCAUUGCAAGGUGGGCCUCACAAUAACCACAUUGCUGCACUUGCUAUUGCAUUAAAACAAGUGGCUACUCCGGAGUAUAAGGCAUACAUGCAGCAGGUGAAAAAGAAUGCUCAAGCUUUAGCAUCUGCUUUAUUGAGAAGAAAAUGCCGCCUGGUAACUGGUGGUACGGACAACCAUUUAUUACUUUGGGAUUUAAGGCCCCUGGGAUUGACAGGUAAAUUUUACGAGACAGUCUGCGAGGCAUGCCAUAUUACUUUGAAUAAAAUUGCUAUUUUUGGUGACAAUGGAACUAUAAGUCCUGGAGGAGUAAGGAUAGGUACCCCUGCAAUGACUUCAAGAGGCUGUUUGGAGGCAGAUUUUGAGACAAUGGCUGAAUUUCUCUUUAGAGCUGCAGCAAUUGCAAACAUACUGCAGAGGGAGCAUGGGAAAUUGCAGAAGACUGUUUCUAAGGUAUUUGAAUGCAAUAGGGACAUUAUUGAGCUCCGGGCACGUGUUGAAGCUUUUGCAACUCAGUUUGCAUUGCCGGGUUUUGACAUUUGAACAUAAUGCAACUGCUGUGUUGCAUUAUUGAUUAUUUAUGUAUGCUACACUGGUGGGUUGUUGUGCCUGCUUGUCACGACAGCAAGUCAUCUUGAAGUGCAUAUACUUUGUGGAGCUUCUCUCCUAUUUUCAUUGUACACAAUUGCCAGUUUUUUGCAUGUUGCAGUGAUGUGCAAUGUGAUACAGUACAGAACAUUACUGGGUAUCUCCGCUGAGGUUUCUUUUGGUAAUCAAGCAUCC